AUGGGCGGACUUUGCACCACCAAAUGCUCUCGCUACGAGUAUUCACCUUUGCGAGGAGACGAGAUCAGAUUCGUGCGGCUGCAGCCUGGGUCGUUUGAUGAUGUUAUACGAUUCGAACUUGUUCACCAUCCUCUGCGGACUCCAGAAGAACAGCUCGAAGCGGGCUUGUCGGAACAGCAGCAGAGGAAAAGAAUACCACGAGGUUGGCGUGAAUUCAAGACGCCUGAAGGACGCUCAUUCUACGAGUGCUACAGCACUCGCUCUGAACCUGAGUCUGUGACUUACAACCACCCUGAGGGAAUUGAGGAAGACUCGACGCCUCAUGAAUCAGCUCAUUCUCAACCCUACGAGGCUUUGUCGUAUACAUGGGGUGAUACGUCCUACCAACAGCUGGCCUUCGUUCUGAACGGUGACGAGGAUCCAAAGACAGUAUCGAUACGCCGGAAUCUGGCGACCGCUCUGAGACAUCUGCGCCUGAAAUAUGAGGUACGAAGUCUUUGGGUAGACGCAGUGUGUAUCAACCAAGACGAUCUCGACGAGAGAGCGGUCCAAGUCAAGCGGAUACGCUACAUUUAUGGUUUGGCCUCGAGAGUCGUCGUCUGGCUAGGGGAGAGCUCUCAUGGCAGUUCAGGUGCCUUGAAGACUUUAGAAUAUUUGGGCAGACAGACCGAAAUCACCACGGACGCCUGGAUUUUUCGAGCCUUCGAUCCUCCAGCUUCAGAGCCGUCAUGGAUUGAAAAAGCAACAGAGCUCCCGUAUACUGCGGCCGAUUGGCAAGCGAUUGAGUAUCUCUUCGAAAGGUCCUGGUUUAGCAGGUUAUGGGUGCUGCAAGAGGUGACUGCCAACCCGAACACCACCAUCCAAUGCGGUCAGGACUCCAUCGAUUGGUACUUUCUCCGUCGAGCAAUCAUCGGCCUCGACGAAAGGGUCGGCGUACCGGCAGAACUCAGCUAUCGUCUCAACGGCAAAGUCGACAUUGCUUUUGGGAGCAGUGGCGCUUUUGCAAUUGUGCACUUCGUGGCUCGUCAACACCUAUGCCAAGAUCCCCGGGACAAGUUGUAUGGGAUACUUGGACUUGUCGGGCCAAAGUUGCAAGACAAGAUCGUGCCGUCAUACGAGAGGACUUUUGAAGAUUUGUACAAAGACGUCUUCUUGCUGCAUAGUGAGAUGACUGGGAGGCUGGACCUUCUCACGCAGUGUUUCGUGAAUGAAGAACUUCCUAGUUCGCCUUCGUGGGUCCCUGACUGGAGGGCUUUCCCCUACGCAUUCCGAGUUCCAGAGCCUGGGUACCAAGCGAGUGGCGCGUCCAGGGCGGAAUUCCGCGAGCUUCCUGGGUCACGACUAGAGGUCAUUGGCAUCCUUCACGACAAAGUGGUUUUCGCGCCCGACUCGUCAGAAGUAGAUGCGAAGAGCCUGUUGGAAUAUAUCCGUGCGCUUCAGCCGCCUGGGCUGCACAAUGAGAGUUACGUGACUGGCGAGCCACUCCUGAACGCGUGGUUCCUAACUCUUGCCCUCGAUUUGCUCCGGGAACGAUUCCCCAAGAGAUUCUUCCCUCACUAUGCCCACUGGGAGAAGACAGUCUUAGAAAUUCUUGGGAAAGAUUCAGAGAACAAGUCUCUAACCAAGAUGGCGAAUCUCACGAACACAAUCCGCGACACUCUCACUGAUAUGGGGUAUUUCCGGACAGCACAAGGGUAUAUUGGAUUUGGUCCAUAUGCUGUCGAGCCGGAUGACCACGUGUGCGUCGUUCUUGGCGUGCCGACUCCUAUGGUGAUCAGACCAAGUGGCAAUAAUACCUACCAGGUCAUCGGAUGGGCAUAUGUUCACGGCUUGAUGGACAGCGAAGCAUUGUAG